ACACGAGUGACCAUUAGUCGAGCAAAGGUUGAAACUCAAACUAUUCGUUGACUAGAAACUUUAGAAACGUAGAGAUGCCUCCAAAAGUCAAAGCAGUAAAGAAGGGCGGGAAGAAGCAGGCCGGAGACAAGAAGAAGAGAAAUCGUAGACGCAAGGAGAGCUAUGCUAUCUACAUCUACAAAGUCCUUCGUCAAGUUCACCCCGACACCGGUAUCUCGAGCAAGGCCAUGGGCAUCAUGAACUCGUUCGUGAACGACAUCUUCGAGCGCAUCGCUGGUGAAGCUUCCCGCCUGGCGCACUACAACAAGAAGUCCACCAUCUCUUCCCGAGAAGUCCAAACGGCCGUUCGUUUGCUUCUCCCCGGUGAGCUUGCCAAGCACGCCGUGAGCGAGGGAACCAAGGCCGUCACCAAGUACACCAGCAGCAAGUGAACGGCACAAUCCGUGCUGCACCAAACAACGGCUCUUGUAGGAGCCACACUUUUGUAAAAGUGAAUGCUCAUGGCUCUAACCAGUUUACUGUGUAAAGUUGAAUAAACAUGG